AUGACUACUCCCCAGAACGGAGAUCCGAUAGAGGUGGACGCUGUGAUUGUUGGCGCUGGCUUCUCUGGCAUCUACGUUCUUCAACGAUUGAGAGAUCAGCUGGGUCUGAAUGUCAAGAUCAUCGAAGCGGGCACUGGUCUCGGUGGGGUGUGGAAUAAUAAUGUCUACCCCGGUGCCCGUGUUGAUUCACCUGCUCCGGUUUAUGGGUUUGCUAUGGCCAAGGUCUAUCAGACGUGGAAGUGGAGCCAACCCUAUCCAGACCAGAAGGAGCUGCAGGCUUAUUUCAAUCAUGUCGAUCAAGUUCUCUCCAUCAAAAAAGACUGCAUCUUCAAUUCGCGUGUCAAUGCUGCCUCCUUCAACCCGGACGAGGCCCAGUGGACCAUUCAGACUGAGAAUGGAAAAACAGUCCGAGCCAAGUACUUCAUUCCCGCAAUUGGCUUUGCCGAGCAACAGUGGGUCCCACCCUGGAAGGGUCUUGAUUCCUUCAAGGGCACGAUACAUCAUUCUUCUCAAUGGCCCCGAGAGGGAGUUGACGUGAAGGGGAAGCGUGUGGCGGUGAUUGGGACAGGUGCAACUGGGAUCCAGAUCAUCCAGGAGUGGGCGAAAGAGGCCGCCGAGCUGGUGGUUUUCCAACGAACUCCCAAUUUUGCCCUACCGAUGCAUAGGGAUAAUUUCGACCCCGAGGAACAGCGUCAGAUGCAGGAUGGAACCCCAGAGAUAUUUGCUCAGGCGUGGGAGACUUGGUCUGGAAUGCAUACUUCAUACCCGACGAAGGCAUUCGCGGACUUUACAACGGAAGAAGCAGAGGCCGCUCUAAACCAGCUUUAUGACAAAGGCGGCUUCAACCUCUGGGUCGGUGCAUUUAGUGACGCUCUUAUGAAUCCCGAAGCCAACCGGGCCACCUACGACAUCUGGGCUAGACGAGUUCGCGCGCGACUCCACGAUCCAGUCAAACGUGACUUAUUGGCGCCCCUGCAGCCACCGCAUCCAUUCGGCACGAAACGUCCCUCUUUGGAAUACAAUUAUUAUGAGCAGUUCAACGCCCCUAAUGUCCAUCUCGUGGAUACCAAUUCCAAUCCGAUCGUGGAAAUCACGCCUGAAGGCAUUCUUACGGAUGAUGGGAAACUAUACGAGGUCGACGUGAUUGGCAUGGCGACUGGUUUCAACUCAAGUACAGGCGGCUUUUCCAAGAUGCACAUCAAAGAUCUCAAUGGCGUAGAUCUUGCAGAGCGUUGGAAAGAAGGCGUCAUAACACACCUGGGACUGAUGGUGCCCAGGUUCCCUAACAUGUUCCUUCCAUAUGGUGUUCAAGCGCCAACGCCAUUCACCAAUGGACCUGUCUUCAUAGAGUUCCAAGCUAAUCACAUUCGUGACUUGGUAAAGAAGAUGGAAAGGGGCGGCACCAGGUCGCUAGAUCCUUUGGAAACAUCAGCGGAGACUUGGCGAACAGAGGUCUAUGCACUCGGGAACUUGACUCUGUUCCCGAAGACCAGCUCAUGGUACAUGGGCGCGAAUAUCCCCGGUAAACCGGUGGAGAUGCUCUACUAUAUCGGUGGAAUCCCGCGCUAUCGUGAGUUGUGCGGGGAAGCUCUUGAGAAGUUGGAGAAGCUCUUCAUUUGCCGUUAA